GCUGGCGGCGGCGGCGCGGGCCCGGCGGAGGCAGGGAACAGACGACGGGCAGCGCGUCUCCCCGCCAGCGGCUGGGUGUGGGGCUGAGUGGCCCGCCCGGCCCAGCAGCAGCAGCAGCGGCGGGAUCCCUCCGCGUCGGGUGACCCCUGGGCUCGGCGGGGAGCCGGACAGAGCCGCGCCGCCCGCCCGCCCGCGUGAAUGAGAGUGUGCACCGAGUGCCGGGCAGGGGACUCCAACCGUCAUGUUAAGGUAAAGCAGAAAAGUGCAGUGCUGAACAUGCUAAAGAGGUUAGACAAAAUAAGGUUCAGAGGUCACAAGAGAGAUGAGUUCCUUGAUUUAGCAGAGUCUCCAAAUGCUUCAGAUACUGAAUGUGGAGAUGAAAUCCCAGUGAAAAUACCUCGAACGUCACUCAGAGAGAAUGACGAACUGAGAGACCCUGCUGGUCCAGGGGCCAUCAACAUGGCAUCAGGAGUCCAGGAUUUUAACAGAACAGAGUCUGAUAGAUUAAAUGAGAUCAAAGGUCACCUGGAAAUCGCCUUACUGGAAAAACACUUUUUACAGGAAGAGCUCAGGAAGCUCAGAGAAGAAACAAACGCUGAAACCUUAAAACAAGAACUAGAAAAAGAACGGCAGAGGAGAUUGGAACUAGAACAAAAGGUCAAUGAAAUACUUAAAACAAGAACAGAAGAGCUGCCUACAACACAGCAACCCGCAAAACCACCGACACAAGUCAAUGGAACAGAUAAACGCAGUCAGAUGAUGUGUUCGAGAGUCCAGAAGUGGUUUUAUGACAAAUUUGGGGAGUAUGUUGAAGACUUCAGAUUUCAGCCAGAGGAAAACACAGUGGAAACUGAAGAGCCACUUAGUGCUAGAAGGUUAACUGAAAAUAUGAGAAGAUUAAAGAGAGGUGCCAAACCUGUUACUAAUUUUGUGAAGAAUCUUUCUGCCUUAUCAGAUUGGUAUUCUAUCUACACUUCUGCUAUUGCCUUUAUUAUUUACAUGAAUGCUGUAUGGCAUGGCUGGGCCAUUCCUAUGUUCUUAUUUUUAGCAAUUUUGAGGUUAUCCCUAAAUUACCUCAUAGCCAGGGGUUGGAGAAUACAGUGGAGCAUUGUGCCUGAAGUUUCUGAGCCCAUUGAACCUCCAAAGGAAGACCUGACAGUGUCAGAAAAGUUUCAGCUUGUUCUAGAUGUGGCACAAAAAGCACAGAACCUAUUUGGCAAAAUGGCAGACAUAUUGGAAAAAAUCAAGAACUUGUUCAUGUGGGUCCAACCAGAAAUAACACAGAAGCUAUAUAUUGUUCUAUGGGCAGCUUUUAUUGCAUCCUGCUUCUUUCCCUACAGGAUUAUAGGGCUUGCAAUGGGACUUUAUGCUGGAAUUAAGUUUUUCCUUAUUGAUUUUAUCUUCAAACGAUGCCCAAGACUUCGAGCUAAGUAUGAUACUCCUUAUAUCAUCUGGACAAAUUUGCCUACAGAUCCUCAACUCAAAGAAAGGUCUAAUGCUACAGUGUCAAGACGGGUUCAAACAGCAUCAUCAAGAAGUUAUGUGGGUUCAGGUGCCCCAACUGGAGUAAACAAAGAUGAAGACAGUAGUCGUUUUCAUACCACCAAAAGAGGCAAUUUCCAUGAAGUCUUUAACCUAUCAGAAAAUGAGCGUCCUUUGGCAGUAUGUGAAAAUGGUUGGCGCUGCUGCUUGAUUAACAGAGACAAGAAGAUGCCCACGGACUACAUUAGGAAUGGGGUUCUUUAUGUUACAGAAAAUUACUUAUGCUUUGAAAGCUCCAAAUCUGGCUCUUCUAAGAGAAAUAAAGUUAUUAAACUAACGGAGAUAACAGAUAUUCAGAAGUACAAAGUGCUCUCUGUUCUCCCAGGGUCAGGGAUGGGUAUUUCAGUAUCAACACCAUCUACACAAAAACCAUUAGUGUUUGGUGCCAUGGUACACAGAGAUGAAGCUUUUGAGACCAUUUUCAACCAGUAUGUGAAAAUAACCUCUGCAGCAUCGAACAGCGAAAGCUAGUAUCUUAUCUUCAGAAGAUCUAGAGGAGACUUUAUUUUACAACUUGGUAGUGAAAAAUUGAACAUCCUCAUCUAUUUUGCAAUAAUUUUUCUUGUCAUAUGGUUUAUAUUCUAUCUGUUACAUGAAUCAAGUGUAUUUUAUAUAUGCCUUCAUGUUUGUUUUUAAGGUUUUUUUAAAAAAACAGUGAAAGUGCUAUCAUCACUAUUAGCCUUGCACAUUAAGCACUUUCACUGUUUAUUUACUGACAUUAAAAGCUAGGAAGAUACUUGGAGAACUGACUAGAUAUCAGACAGACGGGAACAGAUUCAUCCCUUGGGUAUCUCCAUUGAUAUCAGGGAUUAAUUUUGCCCACUGUCUGUUGUUUUUGCAUGAGUUGAAACACAUUACAAUAAUCUGGUGUAUGUUUCUUGAGUACAACAAGCACUGAAUUGGGUACUUUAUGAAACCAGUAUCAACACCUAGGAAAUAUCACUAUUAGCUGGUAAGAAUAUUGAUAUUAAGGCAAUUUUUCUUGCUGAUUUCUGUACUCUAAAAGGGUUUAUUUUUGAACAGUUUGACCGGAUUCAAUUUUUCCUGCAUACAUAGUUUCAAAUUCCUUGUACAGUGAAUUCAGCAUUACAAAGCAGAAGGAAAUGUUUGGAACGCUAUCUUCCUUUUCUGAUCAACCAAAGUACAAGAGGAAGAAAAGAACUAUCUGUUUUUUGAGGGCAGCAAAACUUUGUUCUUAAAAUGUUAGGCAACUUAUAUUUGUAUUCCUAUUGAUAUUUGUCAUGGAAGGGCUCAAUAAUUGUACUUGUACAUAUAAUGUAGCAAGAUGCACGUACAUUCAUGCAAAAAGACUUACUGGGCAUCUUUUUGUGAUGCGGGGGGAGUUGGGAAUAAUUACGCCCAAGCAAAACUUGAGAUCAGCUUCGUAUGUUAUCUAUUCAUUUAUAUUUGAGAUUGUGGGGGCAGGGAGG